AGCCAGUGUCCAUAUAAUGUGUUUUGUUUUGUGGAUAAUUUAGUUGUUAAUUCGAAACUUGUGCCUUAUGAAAUAAAGUGAAGGACAAGCGUUGUUGUACUUUAAGUCUGUCGUUAUGGAAUUUUAAUAAAUUUGAAUGGAAUAAGUCAUAAACAAACAUUUUAGAAAAGUGAGUGAUCAGAUUGUCAACAAAUCAGGAAGAACCAUGCCUGUUCCUUGCAGCACAAAGUGUGGUAAAAAUGCGAUUUUAAAGAGGCCCAAGACUGGUGAUGCUAUGUGCAAGGAGUGUUUCUUCUGGGCUUUUGAAACUGAAAUACAUCACACUAUUGUGGAGGGAAAGCUUUUCCAAAAGGGUCAAACUGUUGCCAUCGCAGCUUCUGGCGGCAAGGAUUCCACCGUUUUGGCUUACGUCUUGAAAACAUUAAACGAAAAACACCAAUAUGGUCUUAACUUGGUGUUGUUGUCUGUGGAUGAAGGAAUCACAGGUUAUAGAGAUGACAGCUUGGACACAGUUAAACAAAAUAGAGACGACUAUGAGAUGCCAUUGAAGAUUCUGUCUUACGAAGAGCUGUACGGUUGGACGAUGGAUAAAAUAGUUGCUCAGAUUGGUCGUAAGAACAAUUGCACGUUCUGUGGUGUGUUCAGACGCCAGGCACUAGACCGUGGGGCUGCUCUGUUAGGUGUGGACUCAGUAGCCACUGGUCACAACGCUGAUGACCUGGCAGAGACUGUCCUCAUGAACAUUCUGAGAGGAGACAUCGCUCGGCUCCAGAGGUGCACGGCCAUCAUAACUGCAAGUGAAGGAGCUAUCCCUAGGGUGAAACCAUUGAAGUACACUUAUGAAAAGGAAAUAGUAAUGUACGCCUACUUCAAGAAGCUAGUGUACUUCUCAACAGAGUGUGUGUUUGCGCCUAACGCCUAUAGGGGACAUGCCAGAGCGUUCCUAAAGGAUUUAGAAAUGAUUCGGCCUUCCGCUAUAAUGGACAUAAUACAUUCUGGAGAGAGGUUGGCUGUGAGAGAGGGAGUAAAACUGCCAGACAGAGGUACAUGUACGAGGUGUGGGUUUGUCUCCAGUCAGCCUGUGUGUAAGGCUUGUACGCUGCUGGAGGGCCUCAACAAGGGGAUGCCCAAGCUCGGGAUUGGCAAGAGCAGCCUCGCCAAGCGGAUGAUUAAUGUCAAGACUGUUACUACUGACUUUUAGAAAACACUGAUGGUCAACGCUAGGAAUUUAGAGUCUCAAAUACAUAUAUUAAGAAAUCAAUCUACUGUGGAAAUCGGUGAGCACAAUCAUUUUCUUUGUUUUGAAUCAACUGUAAAACUUAAAACCUUCUCACAGAGAUCAUCUUCCACAAUCUCAACAACAUGUUUGAGUACCUGUUUCUUACGAUCACGGCAACAUAAUGAUAGUCUCCGUCUCCAGUGAGUGUAAUAUAAUUGUGAGAAUCUCAUCCUAAACAAUCCCCCAGUAGUUUAUUUAAAUCAUGAUAUGCAAACAAUUUCCCUGAAUGAUGCCAAAGUUUUGUAUUUGGGAAAUUCCUUAUCAGCUACAAUUACUAUGUUUUACUAUCCUAAGGAGCACACAGGCAUAAGUGGAUAUGAGAAGAGAAUAAACAUUCAAAUAGCUGGAUUUUGAAUCUAUAGUACCUAUAUUUAAUUACUACUGAAGAUGGCAUUUAUCCGUGCACGCUCAAGUUUUAUGUAUCAGACGAAGCCAUGCAUAUGAGAGUAAUUUUCACAUUUGUAUGUGACAAAACAGAGGACAGUAAUGACUGGAGCAAAAUAUACUCAGAUACAGAAUAACAGACAAAAAAAAAUUACAACAAAUCCAGAGAAUCAAUAAAGAAACUGAUAGUAAAGGAAUAACUAUUUCUAAAUUGUACUGCAGCAAGAACACCUUCUUUAUUUUGUAUACUGUGUGAUCAUGUUCCUAAGUAAAUACCACUUGUACAUAUAGUGUUUUAACCCGGAUUUUAUUUCAGACCUGUGACUAUAUUGUAAAAAUAAUGUUUUGCAGGAAGAUUGAAUUGGAAAUCAGUUAUUUAUUCAAGCCUAUCCAAUAUAGUUAUUCAAAAAUUUUUGUUGGCCAUCCCAAGUGUAAGUAAAACAUUGUUCACAUUACUAUAAUUUUAAUUUUUAUAUCAUAUAUGGGCACUCAUUGGUUAAAAAAAGUGGUAGAAACUACCACAAUUAUGUCUGUGAUACAGUAAAAAUUGGUUUGUUUUUCUGUAAAUAUGUAUAAAGUGUAUAAUUGUAAGUUUUUUCCUUAUUAAUAAAUAAUCUUGU